AUGGUUUUUAUGUGUUUUAGGGAUUUCCACUCGGGAGCCUUACUCUCUAAGUCCAUAACCUCCUCCUUUUUGGCUUUGAUUCCUAAAAAUAACAACCCGUUAGGAUUAGAUGAAUAUAGGCCAAUUUGCUUGGUGGGUAGUAUACACAAGAUCAUAUCUAAAGUGUUGGCGGAAAGACUAAAGAAGGUGAUAGGUAAAGUUAUUUCUAGUAGCCAAAGCGCUUUCGUACCGGGGAGACAAUUGUUGGAUGGGGUUGUAGUGGCGAAUGAGUUGGUUGACUAUGCAACUAAGGCAAAAUCGGAAGUCCUCCUCUUUAAAGUCGAUUUCGAGAAAGCUUAUGAUAAAGUUAAUUGGGAGUUUCUUAGGGCUAUGAUGAGUACGAUGGGUUUCGGAGAUAGAUGGUUAAGAUGGAUGAAAGCAAUUGUUUUUUCGAGUCACAUGUCGGUGAUGGUCAAUGGGUCUACUACAAAGGAAUUCAAGGUGGAAAAGGGACUGAGGCAAGGAGAUCCAAUUUCUCCUUUUCUUUUUGUGAUUGUAGCGGAAGGUUUGAAGGGGUUAGUGAAUAGAGCGGUGGAGAACGGAGAUUUUAAGGGCUUCAAUUUCAAGAGAAGGUGUUUCAUUGAUGUUCUUAAAUUUUCGGAUGACACCAUCCUUAUAGGAGACGGAAGUUGGUCUCAUUUAUGGGCGAUUAAAUCGGUUUUGAGAGCCUUCGAGAUGGUCUCGGGGUUAGGCAUAAAUUUUCAUAAAAGCAAGUUAAUUGGGAUCAAUAUUAGUGAUAAUUUUUUGGAGAUAGCCGCUAACUUCCUUGGUUGUAGGAGGGAAGGGAAGGAGUUCACCUUCUUAGGUCUCCCAAUAGGUAGCAACCCAAGAAGGAUGGGAGCCUUUGGUGGUGAAGAUCAAAAGACGGAUUCUAAAAGGUGCAUACAUUGGAUUAAGUGGAACAAGGUGUGUCUACCAAUAGAGAAGGGAGGAUUGGGAAUUAGAAGGUUGGCUGAUUUUAAUCAAGCUUUAUUGGUUAAGUGGAAAUGGAGAAUUGUGGAUUAUAAGGAUUCGUUGUGGUAUGGGGUUUUGAAAGCGCGUUACGGAGAUAUUAAUCUUUGUGUGGCGCACGGGGGAGCUUUAAGGAAGGGGGAGGAAACAUCGUCGCAUUGGUGGAGGGACAUAGUAUCAUUGGAACCAAAGGACUUUUUUAUUACUAACUGUUUUUUCUCUGUAGGUAACGGAAGCACGACAUCUUUUUGGCACUCCAAUUGGAAUAGUCGUGGUAUUCUUAAGGAUGCUUACCCUUUGUUGUACUCACUUUCUUCUCUAAAGGACGUUUCGGUUGAUCUUAUGGGGUGUAGCAGGGACGAUUCAUGGAGGUGGGGAGACUUUGGUUUGGGGAGUUUUUUGCCUGCCAGCCAGCAGUCCAGUUUGGAGCAGAACUCUCCAGGCCUGGGACAGCAGCUUUCAACUUCAACCCAAGGAGGGAUUUCAGCGACCUAUGCCUCUCUUCUGUCUGUACAGGUGAGGUCCCUUCCUGAUAUGGAGGCGGCAAGUUUUGUAGCUAGUUUGGUGGACAGUCUGAGAUUGGAUCUUCAAGGAAUUUCAUUAGAUCCUUUUAGGGAAGACAGAGCUGUCUGGAAGCUAGAAGAUGAGGGAAUUUUUACAGUAAGGAGCUGCUAUGCAUCAUUCGGUCUUGCUCAUUUACCGUAUGGAAUGGAGGGUGAGUUCGAUAAAGUUUUCUCUCUAGUUUGGAGGAUGGAUGUCCCGUUGAAAACAAGAGCUUUUGGCUGGCGCUGUUUCCAUGACAGGAUCCCGACGAGAGGAGCCCUUUAUCGGAAAGGUAUAAUUCCUCCUCCUCCUUCUAAUUCCUUUUGUGCUUUCUGCCAUAGUACCGAAGAACGCUCGGGUCAUUUAUUUCUGUCGUGCCAAUGUGCGGAUUUGGUUUGGAGAGAUAUAGUCGAAUGGGUCGGCUUUGUUAAUUAUAAAGCGGAGGAUAUAAAGGAUAGCUUUUUGCGGUGGUUCAAUUUCGGGAGAAGGGUUAGAGUUAGGAAGGGAAAGGAAGACCUUGUAUGGUUAGCGGUGGUUUGGCACAUUUGGCUAGUUAGAAACGAAAUAGUUUUAGAGGCGAGACUUGGAACAUUUUAG